AUGGCAAUGGUUGAUGAACUUGUUGACAAUGCUGGUGAAAUAAUUGACCAUCCAAAUGUUGUAUUUCCUUUGGCAAGUGAGGUCAAAGCUCCUGGAAGACCUAAGCAUGUCAAAAGGAAAACUGCUCUCCCAAAGGACUUUGUCCGUCACAAGCACAGACAUCUCCUUGUGCAAAAGAACAAAAAUGAUAUCAGAAGUAUUUUGAAAGAAGGACUUAAAGAAGUGAUGAAGGAGUUCUUAGAGGAGGAGCCUCUCAAAAAAAUCAUAAAAGAAAUAAAAAAAGAAACCCAAUUCGCUGAAAAACAAGAGCAUCUCGAAGAAGCUAAAACAACCAAUUUCACUAAAAAGCAAGAGCCUCUCAAAGAAGCUGAAAAAUAUUCCUCUGGAAUUAAAAGACCUAAACAUCUCCAAGACGACUACUGGUACGAUUUGCCUAGUCCAAAAAAACAAAACAAAAAUGUGCAUGACUUUGCUCUGCCUGCUCAAAUCGACCAAGCCGCCAUUUCGUUGACGUUUAACCCCAAGUCCGAUGGUUGGUGUGGUUUCCGUGUAUUUGCACACCUGAAAGAGGGUGGAGAGGAUCAGUUUCCUUUGGUGAAGAAGAAGAUGUUGGCCACGAUGGCAACCCACAGUAAACUUUACAAGCACAACUUUGGCAUGUAUGUUGCCAAAGUGACAGAGGUCAUUGCCUUUGGCUCUGAGAUUGACCCUGCUCUUGGGGAAAAUAUCCCAUCUUGCCCUUCCUCUAUGUGGUUCUCUGCACCAGACUGUGCUCAGAUAAUAGCUGACACCUAUAACAAGCCUGUUUGUGUGUACUCGGACGAUCGAAGCAUCUUGGCUGUAACUUUCCUUCCCCUCCAUGAUUGGAAGCCUCUCAAAAGAAAGCCAUUGCCGAUGGUCUUGCACCAUGUACAUGGGUGCCACUGGACAAUAAUUAAAGUGAAGCCUCAUGUACAUUGGUUCUGGCCUGAGGUAAAUGCGCUGUAUUUUGAUGCUAUCCAUAGAGGGAGUAUCAUUGACUGCUUUUCCACAAGUUGGAAUCAUUGGGGGGUCAAAAACCCCUCCACCACUGGCUCAUCUCCACCAUUGCCAACCUCAUUCACACCAAUCUCACCCUCUUUGACACCUCUUUACUCGGAAGUAACUACUCAGAACGCACUUCCACUUCUCGAAAAGCAACCUCAUGUUAUCUUCAGCUCUAUGAAUAACACGACCUCACGUACCUGGCGUGUAGGGUCCUCUAAGUUUUCAGUUUUUUUCACCGUCCCACCCAAAUCCUCACCCAAGUUUGACCCUUUCUGGAGAGCUCUUCUCUCAGCCUAUCCUCGCGAGGUUAACAUGGGCAUCACUCUUGGCUCACGCUCUUCCCCUGAUACAUGUGAACUCCAUCUACCUACCAGUGCUGACUGCAAGCGAGUGUGCUCUCAACCUUUGGUAGUCGGCGAUUUGUCUUUCCCCGUUCAACCUGCUGUUCCCAUUGGCACAAUUGUUUGCCAUGUUUUCCUAACCAAGCUUCCUUGUGUUCCUUAUCAUGACCUGGCUACACAACUCGCCAAAUGUAUGUCUCCUUUUGGCAAAGUGUGGGAGAUCGCCAUUCAUGAAUCAUAUGGGUUUUUUGAUGGUUCUGGCUAUGUUGUCCUCGCCAAUACACCUACCGACAAUGUGCCAUCAGAUUAUCUGACGUACCAAAUUGCAUACAACAAUACGCAAAAGAUUCUUGGUAAGUGGCCUUCCAUGGGCUCCCACUGCACCUACUGUAAGAAAAUGGGGCACGACGUUGCAAAAUGCACCAAAUGCCCAGCCGAAACCCAAAUGUGUUUUGGAUGCAACAAGACUGGUCACUUACAAGCCAAUUGUCCAUACAUUACCGAUCCUUCCAAGACAUCCAAGACGUCCAACAAGUGCUCCUGCCACCCCAACCGCAAUUCGAAGCUCGAUCGCCCCAUCAUUGUGCCCAAGCCUUUGAUUCCCACUGAGCUCUCACUCAUCUAUGGAGGAUCGGAGGCCUCCAAGCACAACCCUCGUCAACCUGCUUUACGUGAGUUGUCUAAGCUGUCUCCCACAAAGACCACCUUUACUCUACUGACACCAACUGAGACGCCCACGUCCUCCGGCCCUCGUCCUCAAAGCCAUUCUGUUGACACCCCCAUGCGUGGCUGGGACAAAGAGAUAGACGACAGAAUGAUACCUAAUCUCAUGGAUAGAGAUGAGGCUCAGGCUCUCUGA